AUUUUACCACCGCGGAUGCGCACAAACGUUUGCGUGACGACAGGAUGGUACGUCACAUACUUUGUCAUUCACCCUGCUCCGCCGUCGUUCCGUCGAAGCUGGCUGAGCCGUUGCAGUUUGCUGAUAAUCGCCGUUUUUCGGGUGAAGAUGGCCGCAGGUCCUCUAUCUGUAUCCUCCAACGCGUCCACAAACAACGAUGGCAUUCUCAUUGGUGACAAAGUUUAUUCGGAAGUGUACCUUACGAUCGACAACUCGCUCAUACCGGAGGAAAGGCUUUCCCCGACGCCGUCGAUGCUCGACGGCCUCGACCUGAACACAGAGACCGACCUUCGCAUCCUUGGAUGUGAACUGAUUCAGUCGGCGGGCAUUCUUCUCCGGUUACCACAGGUGGCAAUGGCAACGGGGCAGGUGCUCUUCCAUCGUUUUUUCUACUCCAAGUCUUUUGUGAAGCACAGUUUUGAGAUUGUUGCCAUGGCUUGCAUCAACUUGGCCUCCAAGAUUGAGGAAGCCCCGAGACGAAUACGAGACGUCAUCAAUGUGUUUCACCAUCUGAGACAGAUCAGAGGCAAAAAGACUCCAAGUUCAUUGAUACUUGAUCAGAACUACAUAAAUACCAAAAACCAAGUCAUCAAAGCAGAACGGCGGGUCCUGAAGGAGCUGGGCUUCUGUGUGCAUGUCAAGCAUCCUCACAAGGUUAUCGUCAUGUAUCUUCAAGUCCUGGAAUGUGAGAAGAACCAGACACUAGUCCAGACCGCCUGGAACUACAUGAAUGAUACGCUGAGGACAAAUGUGUUUGUGAGAUUCCAAGCCGAGACUAUCGCCUGUGCCUGCAUAUUCCUCGCUGCCCGAGCCCUGCAGAUACCCCUGCCAUCCAGACCUAAUUGGUACCUGCUGUUUGGAGCCAGUGAGGAAGACGUGAAAGAGGUCUGCAUCACCACCCUUAGACUCUACACCAGGAAGAAGCCUAACUAUGAUCACCUGGAAAGGGAGGUGGAGCGGAGGAAGACGUUUUUGGCAGAGGCCAAGCUGAAGGCCAAAGGUCUGAACCCUGACGGUACCCCCGCACUGUCCACGCUGGGUGGCUUCUCUCCUGCCUCCAAGCCCUGCUCCCCAAAUGUGGUGAAGGUGGAGGAGAAAUCCCCAAACCCCCAGACCAUUAAACCAGUCAAGAAGGAGCCAGACAGCCGGACCCAAGUCAACAAGAGUCCACACAAUGGUUUGAGAAAAGAGGUGAAGAUUGGGAGGAACAGCAGGAGCGGAAGUCGAUCUCGUUCAAGAACACGUUCCAGGUCCAGAUCUCGCUCCCCUCGCAGACAUUACAACAGCAGACGCAGUCGCUCAGGGACCUACAGUUCUCGCUCGCGUUCUCGCUCACACAGUCGCAGUCCAUCACCUCGGCGACACCAGCCCUCACCCCUCCUCCCCCACCUCAAGUCCAAGACCAGCCACCAUGGCAACAGCGACUCCAAGCCCAGCGGGCGCCACAGCAACAGCGGAAGCGGAUCAGGCCACAAGAGGAAGCGCUCACGCUCUCGGUCACGGUCCCGCACUCCAGUCAAAGUAGACAGGGACCGGGACAGAGAGAGGGAGCGUGAGAGAGACAGAGACCGCGGUUCCUUUGACCUUUCUACAAAGAAACACAAACACGAGCGAGGAGGCAGUCACCGAGGAGACAGGAGAGAGAGGGAGAGGUCACGGUCCUAUGACAGGGACAGAGAGAGGGAGCGUAGCCACAAGAGCAAACACCACAGCAGUAGCGGGCACUCAGGACAUAGCCGUCACCGCCGCUGAGACAGCACGCACACCAGGCAAGAUCUAGGACUGAUAGUCACCCAAGUAUUUUCAGUAUACUCAAAAUAAAAUCCGAUUGGGCAUGUUCUCUGAAGCUGUUGAAUACAGUCAAGUCAGUAAAUAUCAGUGUAACUCCUGGUGUGUUUAUUUAAUGAAGUCGUGUUAACAGACACAUCUUGCAAGUAUUUCAAAAGACAUUGCUGACAUGUCUUGGGGGGGCUGCAACCAAGAACUUGCAAAAAUCCACAUAUUGAGCAAACUGCAGCUGUUAAAGCCAAAGCUGCACCUCUGCCAUGAUUCAGAGAACCUGCCUUCUUUGAUUGUAUUUUGGGCAUAUUACCAGCCUCAUGCCCACAAAGUUGGGUUUCUGGGUUUCUCAUAUGCAUCAUGAAAAUCACCAUUUAAACUAUAUGAUUUACAGGAAUGUUGAUUCUCUUCAACCUUUUAUUUAUUUGGUCAAAGCCAAAUAGCAAAACAGUUUUAUUAUGAAGUUGUUGUCCCUAUGAAAGACUGUAAUACAACCUUGACAUUGGAGGCAUUUAUGGAAACACUGACAUUGCCUGAGUCCUACACAUAGCGUUUGCAUGCACAGAUGUCUUGGUGAUAGAAUAUUCAUUGCUUUGGCUCUCAUUUACACAACGACGCACCUGUAGCUGAUAUUUGGCAGAGGUGUUGUAUGUUGUGUUAGUACAGAUUGAAUGUGUGCGUCUGAGGAACCCAGGCUGCUGCAGAAUCUACCAGCAUUUAGUGGACUGUUUGUAGGUUUACUAGCCUUUUGUCACCCAGGUCAGUCAUGAUCAGUGGUCAAGGAAAGGCACCAAUGCAGUGUGACUUCAGUCCCAGACCUGUCGUCGUCGUCGUCGUCCUCUCCACCUAUAGUGGGUUUUUUUUUUUCAGUUUCCCAUGAUACCUCCGCCCCUCACACCACUGUCAUCCCUCCAGCCUACCCUUAUGUUCUUGGUUUUACAUGUAAAGUUAUGGACUUUAGGAAAAUGAAACUUAUUUACAGUGUAAAGACAGAUCGAUAUCUGCUGACAAAAUGUGAACGCUUUGAUUUUUAAAAGCGGACUGCUCAGUGGAAGGAUGGAAUGAAUAAAUGUAAAAUAAAAGCGAUACUUCAGGAAAGAUCAA